CGCCCCGGAGAUGGGCACCGAUCGCUGGAAGACCGCAGGCAGCGCUUCCCAACUUGAGGACCGGCCGCGCGACAAGCCGCAGCGGUCGAGCUGUGGCUAUGUCCUGUGCACCGUGCUGCUGUCCCUAGCCGUGCUGCUGGCCGUGGCUGUCACCAGCGCCGUACUCCUCCUGAACCAUGUCCACCUGCCGGGCACGGCACCCCCACCUGUCGUGAGCACUGGGCCAGCAGGGGCCAACAGUGCGCUGGUCACUGUAGAAAGGGCCGACAGCUCACGCCUCAGCAUCCUCAUCGACCCGCGCUGCCCGGACCUCACCGACGGCUUCACGCGCCUGGAGGGGGCCCAGGCCUCCGUGCUGCGGGCGCUGACCGAGCACCGAGCCCAGCCACCACCCGACGGGGCCCAGGAGCAGGAGCUGCUGGACACCAUGGCUGACCAGCUGGCCCGGCUGCUGGCUCAGGCCUCAGAGCUCCAGGCCGAGUGCACGGGGCUGCGCAAGGGCCACAGCGCGCUGGGGCAGGGGCUCAGCGCCCUGCAGGGCGAGCAGAGCCGCCUCCUCCAGCUUCUCUCUGAGAGCCAGGGCCACCUGGUGCACCUGGUAAACUCUGUCGGCGACGUCCUGGAUGUCCUGCAGAGGGACCGGGGGCUGAGCCGGCCUCGUUUCAAGGCUGAUCUCCAGAGGGCGCCCUCCAGGGGUGCCCGGCCGCGGGGCUGUGCCAACGGCUCUCGGCCCCGUGACUGCCUGGACGUGCUCCUGAGUGGGCAGCAAGAGGAUGGCGUCUACUCGGUCUUCCCCAUCCACUACCCUGCGGGCUUCCAGGUCUACUGUGACAUGCACACCGACGGGGGCGGCUGGACGGUGUUCCAGCGCCGUGAAGAUGGCUCUGUAAACUUCUUCCGAGGCUGGGACGCAUACCGAGAGGGCUUCGGCAAACUCACGGGGGAGCACUGGCUAGGGCUCAAGAGGAUCCAUGCGCUGACCACGCAGGCCACCUACGAGCUGCACGUGGAUCUGGAAGACUUCGACAAUGGCACGGCCUUCGCGCGCUACGGGAGUUUCGGGGUGGGCUUGUUCUCGGUGGACCCCGAGGAGGACGGGUACCCGCUCACUGUGGCCGAGUACUCGGGCACCGCAGGUGACUCCCUCCUGAAGCACAGCGGCAUGAGGUUCACCACCAAGGACCGCGACAGCGACCACUCGGAUAACAACUGUGCCGCCUUCUACCGCGGUGCCUGGUGGUACCGCAACUGCCAUACGUCCAACCUGAAUGGGCAGUACCUGCGCGGCGCGCAUGCCUCCUACGCCGACGGCGUCGAAUGGUCCUCUUGGACCGGCUGGCAGUACUCGCUCAAGUUCUCCGAGAUGAAGAUCCGGCCCAUCCGAGAGGACCGCUAGACUGGCGCCGUCCAGCCC